AUGACAUGGAAUAGAUCCGAAAAUGACUUGAAGAAUUUAUUAAACGAUGCAAAUACUUGGCACUCAAAUAUAAAAUUAGAAUAUAAAAUUAGCAUAAGUCUUCCAUUUCUUGAUGUUGCUCUUACAAAUAACAAUGGUACGCUUUCAACAUCUGUAUAUCAUAAACCAGCAGCAGAACCUUAUGUUGUACCAUUUAUAUCUGAUCAUCCAAGACAUACAUUCGUCAAUGUUAUAAAAACAAGUCUUACACGUGCUCUAAGAAAUUCAUCAACAUUUGAAAUAUUCAACAACGAACGAAUCUAUAUUAAGUUAAGUCUAUUGUACAACGGGUAA